GUCGAAGCUAACCACUACAGUUUGGAAUAACAGCUCAAACACAUUCCACGGGCUUAAAUUCGAAGUCACAAAAAAUAUUUUGAAACAAAAAUAUUAGCAAUCCUUUUGGGAGGAUACUAAAAAUUAUAUUUGUCAAAAUAAAAAACUGUUUUGCAAUAUUUUUUUAUAUUUCAACAAAACUAAAAAAAAACAUGUACGCACAAUCUUUUCCGUGGCCAAAAAUUCUGUGAUUUUCUACUGUUUGCCCCGUUUUUUUGUAUUGUUUCCCAAAGAAAGAAAAAAAUAAGGACCAAGGCCCUAAAGUGUCACAGUUUUGGCUAAGUGUUUUAUUUUUUUAAGUUUGUGAAUGUUUCAAAUUCCCUUCCACAAAAAAGCAAAAAAAAAAGUGUAAUCGGGGCUUUAUAACAGUUUCAGAGCAGUAAUUUUGUCUAAAAAAUUACCGUAAUUCGUGUUCGAUAUUUAUUUUCAAUUCUCUUUUUAACGUCAUUGUUCGUCGGGAAAACAAACUUAUUAAACAAUAAAUAGAAAUUCGUAGAACAGGGUUGCCAGAGGUGGGUGGUUGAAAGAGGGUGGGCAGCUUGAUGGUGGUUGAUGUAUUUUUAGGUCACAUCACUUAUAUGAGGAAAGCGCAACACACCAAUACUAUCAAAGCAUUCAUCAAAUAUACAUAUUUAAAGUGCAGUGUGAGCUCUAUUUUGUUGUUAUUCCUCGUGCAAAAUAAAUAGGACUGGAAAGUAGAGUACUCGAAAAGCAAACAACAGCAAGGAACGAAAAAAAAAAAAAAACUUUCAUAUAAAUUUACAAAAUGGAAGCUACUCCGAAGGUCCAUCGUCACCAUCAUAGACGUGAGAGACGUUCAAGUUCCCGCAGAAACGAACAUCGUACGAAUCAAGAAAACGCUUCUGCGGAACGUCGAAGAAGUGAACCUGCAGCUAGAACAACAGUAACAACAACAACGACAGAAGUGACACCCACAAUAGUACCUCCAGUGAUAAUAACAACAAAUGCAAUUACGAACGAACCAACGACCAGCAGCGCCACCACCACCAGCAGCACAGGAAGAGUGGUAUCAGCUCUGGCGGCGGCAGCUGCAGCAUUUGUUGAGACGUCAGCCCAAGUGUCAAAUAGUAGUACUACGUCAGUGGUAGCAAAUGAUGAACCAACGUCAUCAUCAUCGCCAGCAAUUAUUAACAAUCCUGAGGUACUAGUUAACGGUCAUGUUGUGAACGAUGAAAACGACGACGGCGAAGAAGAUGAAGAAAAACAAACUGACAAACAGACAAAUAAUCCCGAAACCUCCUCAAUUCGGGACACCGCUAGAAGUUCCAUAGAUUCAAUAAGUCUACGCAGCGCUAUAAUGCAACAUUCCCGUCGUGCUUCGCCACAUGCGGGCUUAAUACAAACCCAGCCGCAGCCUCAUUCGCAUCUGCAUCGUGGAAUUCUAGGCUUUAUGGAUCGAGAACUGAAAGUUGGCGCCCAGAAGAAAACGCAAUCACUAUCAGAUCCACAAGCCAGUCCGGCACAGCGUUCGACACGAAGUCGGAGUAGUUUGGAAAAAAGUCCGCGUCGAAAACGUAGUAAAUCGGAGUCGCGAAGGCGGAGGGAACGCAAAUUAAUUGCGGCGGGUGAAAUGGAAGUGCGGCAAGCUAAUGAGACUUUAAUGCGGUAUUUGAAGCAGUGUUCGGAAAUGAAUGACGCUUCGUUGUCUGGCGAGUUAGAAAUCGAUCAUAAUUAUGAUGAACGAAGGGUGCAUAGGAAGACGAAAUCACAAAGGGAUAAGCGGGGUCAACUAAUAAGUAAGACAUAUGGAAAACUCUACACGGCUGGUGGACUAUCAUCUAUCCUUAAAGAGCUCUCCGAUGACAUUGUGCCAGCUGAUGGAGAAGAGAUUUACAAUCCAUUUACCCCAGUUGUAUCGCCAACGGAGGAACAAUCAACACGAAUUGACAAAAUGUUCAUCCAGACUGCGUCCGGAUAUCGACCCGUUGAUCAUUGUUACUACAAACAUCCAAUUGGAUCGGAUCCAGAGAGUAAUAGACCUGAUAUCUCCACAAGUUCCCGUUUAGCCUGUUCACUCCAACGAAUCUGGAUAAUGGUUUCCAACAUCUGUCACGGGCUAUUGGGUGGCUUGGCAUUGGCACACCUAUUAUUCGUGACGACAAGUAGACCAUUGGAUUGGCCGGAUGGCGCGAUACAUCAUUAUUCGUCCUUUGCCUCGGCUUACGCAAACACAUUCUAUUUCUUGGCUAUAAUCUGUAUGGUGUCUGUAUUUGACCGCAUGGACCUUUGCCAUUUAGAUUUUUCAAAUGCAUCUGAAGUAAUAUCAUUUCGAUGGAUAAUCAUAGCAAUGAUUUAUAUAGCGACAAUAAUCCUCUCAUUAUGUGCGGAAUCUAUGAACGAAAAAAUCUAUGUGACCAAAAAUUCAAAUAUGACAUUGUUAAGAGAAGAAAUGGAAAGUAACAAUCAAGCAAUAAGUGUAUGGAGUAGUCUAUCAAUGGCUCGAAGUAUUGGUGGAAUUUUUGGUUGGAUAAUGAUUGGUCUUUCACCAUCUGAAGAUCUACUCUAUGGCCAUUUAUUGGACAUGGAAAAAUAUCAAUUGACAAAUAAUUAAAAAUAGAAAAAAUAAAAAUGAAAUGUUAAAACAAAACAAAAAUAUAUAUAAAUAUAGCAUAAAUAUAAUAAUAAAUAAAAUUAUCUAGAAUUAAAUGUAUUUAUCAAUAACAAAAAAAUAAAUUAAUAUGAAACCAGCAUGUAAACAACAACCGAACAAGUGAUAUAUUUACCCACAUAUUUAUUAUUGUAAAAAAAUAGAAAAAAAAAAUCAUAUAAUUAUAUAACAUAUUAUCAUAUAAUAAACUAUUAUUCAUGUUUAUUACGUUUUAUUCAUUUGCCUUUAUAUACUUUAAAUAAAUAAAAAAAAAUGUAAUAAUAUGUAAAUACGACAUUACUACCUACAUACAUUAAAAAACAAAAAAAUAAACAAAAAAUAUUUAGCAAAUUAAUUUUUAAAAAACUAAAAGUGUAUUAUUGUCCGAAUAUAGCAGAAUUGAAAUAAAAAAUAGUUUGUUUUUAUUUUUUGAACAAAAAAAAAAAAAAGAAAACAAAAAAUAUGUAUAAAGAUGAAUGUGAGUAAAAAAUAAAAACAAAUAAUAUAUUAUAAGCAACGCAAUUUUAAUAUUAUUUAAUUUUUAAUUUUAACGAAUUGUUUAUACUUUAAAUUAUGCAUAUGUAAAUUAAUUUUUUUUCUUUCAAAUAAUAAAUAAAAUAAAUAACUUGUUUUCUUUAAAUUGUUAUAAAAAAAUCUUUACUUAUUGGCUGCUAAUAAAUAAAAACAAAAAAAAGAACAAAAAAAAAAACUAUAUAUAAAUAUAUUUAACGCAAAAUUUAAAUAUUAACAAAAAAAAGAAAAGUAAAAAAAGCAAUGAAUGUCUAUUAAAGAAAACAAAAUUCAA